GGAGCCUUAAUCUUAUGUUGUAUGCAACAAAAUCCUUUACAAACCCAGAUAUUACCUUGUAUAAGUAGCACUGACAUCAUCACUGUGCAGUACAUAGCCUGUACAGAGACCAGAGCUGUGGGAGGGAUCCAGCAGGCUCCACCCACUACAGGCUGCCUGCAGAAACUACAGGAGGGAGUGGAUACAAGACCAGACACCCUGCACAAGGAGAGAGAGCAGCAGAAGCUUUUGCACAGAGGUACAAUGUCACACUGGAUUACUGCACAGAUUGGAAGAAUUACAUAAAGCACACCGAGAUCAAGGAAGAAUACACA